AUGCCUAUCAACAUACCCAAUCUCUUAGAAGGCAAAAUACUAACAGGUGUGCUACCGCCCGAGAAACAGCCUCCCAUACAGUACUUUCUGCCCCAGCACAAUCAACCUGUAUUAAUUGACAUUGAAUCAUGUAUUGAUGAUCCCUCACUCGCUCCCUUGGGUAGCCAUGUCAAGAAGCAUGUGAGGAGAAAGAAAUCACACAAGAAUACUGGGCAAGUCUAUCUAGAACCCAAGCAAAAUCGACAAGAUGUUACAUCAUCUACUGCAGGCAUCGUUAUGCUAAGAAGAAGAGGCAUGGAAACCAACCAACUAGCACAAGAACUGGACAGUCUGUUGCUACCUUCAUUGACGCCUUACCUCAAAUCGAAGUUUUCGACCAACAAUCAGUAUACAACACUCGUCGAAUUGGACAUUUCUAGAAACAAAUUAACUCGGUUACCCAGCCAAAUUGGUCAAUUGGAGCAUCUACGUAUAUUGAAUGCAACCUCGAAUCAGCUCACGGAAAUACCAAAAGAGUUGUUUGCUUUGAAGGACCUACAAGUCUUGACUCUGUCGCAAAACCAGAUCACAGUUAUACCCGAAGACAUGCCCCGAUUACUGCCACAUCUUGUUACUUUUCGAAUUGCUGCCAAUGCCAUCACCUCUUUGCCCAGCAGAUUGGAUUUUUGGAUUCAAAUGCGUCAUUUGCAAUUAGGCUCUGUUUAUGGAGGCAACAGGCUAGUUCAAUUACCCGACAGUAUCACAGAAAUGCCUGCCUUGGAGGAAUUAGAUGUGUCUUACAAUCAGCUCCGCAUGCUCCCACAUGAUCUCGAGUUGCAAACAUUGCAAAUAUUGAAUGUUUGCAGUAAUCAACUGGAUUUUAUACCAAAAUCAAUUGCUCGCUGUUACCAACUCAAAUCUUUGAAUCUCUCAAAGAAUCAUCUUACAAGUCUACCUGCUGAUUUGGUCAACCUCAGAAAGUUGGAACUAUUGGAUAUCAGUGAAAAUCUAUUGUGCAUCAUGCCAGCCGAGAUUCUGGAAAGGAUGCAAUCUGCAACACUGCUCAUCACUGGCAAUCCUCUCACAAGACCAGGCCAUUGUGACCAAAGACAGUCGAGUCAAGACGCUUAUGCUCGCAUCCUCAAGCAAAUGACGAGGCGCGGAGUUCCUCGUUCAUCACCUGCUGUUUCCCCUUCUGUUUCCCAUACAACAAUUACACGAGAGCAAUGUGGUCCAAGGGGUAUGGGUUGCCUACCCACCAAGCCAUUUUCAUCAACAUCCGCAUCUUCAUCAUCGUCCUCUGUUUUGAUCAAUUCCUACUUUCCAUUUGUACCAACCUCGUCAUCACCAUCUUCCUCGUCAUCUUCUUUGUCCUCCUCCUCCUCCUCCUCCUCCUCAGCAUCGCCACCCUCAAUACCAAUUGCUGUUUCUCCUCCUCAGCCUCCUUCACCAAUACCUGCAAAUCCCUCCGAUGAUCUCACUCAUACCACUACACCGCCUUUUCAUUUAGUACACCCCCAUCAAGAUGAAGAUGCCUCCAUUGACCAAGAACUAUCCUACCAUGCUCAGCAACUCAACAUUGAUGGCUCUCGGCCCAUCAUUCGACCACCCAUCGCUGAACAUCACUUGAUUGGCACGUCUCGAUCCACUAUUGUGCAAGAUUCUACAACGACGUCGUCACAAUAUGUGCUCGUUGAUUUCCCUAGAGAAUCACCGUUACCCACCGAAACAAAGCUUUUGCAUUCGCUGCGAGAAAUUGCAACAAGAACCAUUCUGCGUCAUGAUAUGGAUGUACCGUUGGACUGGCUUCCACUGCAUCUAGCUCAGGAUAUAUCUGGUGGAAGAAACAAAUGCCGCUCUUGUAGCUACUGCCAAGGCCCCUUUGUCAACGAAUGGGUUACUUCUGUUCAGGUCAAGAGUUUUGGUGGCCAUCCUGCUGUGGUGAGAAGAGUCAGAUUUUGCUCGACGCAAUGCUGGUUGCAAUGUUUACCUAAAGAGCAAUCCAAGUCUGUCAUUUGUGUUCAUCAUCAGUAA